UAUUCUCUGGAUUUGAUUGAUAUGCCGCUGUUCUAGUCCAACAGCAUGAACAACGUCUUCCUCCGGUUUCGCUAAUAUCUUGAGAAUAUUGGGUCUGUGUGGUCCCGUUUUCAGUAUCCCGCCGCAUUUGGGGUCCGUCCGAUGAUCAAGGCACUGACAGACCGAUUCCAUAGCACGCGCUACACCUCUGUUGACGAUUCUCGAAGCUCAAAUUCCUCAAUUCUCAUUGCCUUUUUGAACUUACAAAUUCGCCCAAUCCACAACAUAUCAUUAUGAAAGCCGUUUUACAACGAGUCAAGUCCGCCUCGGUCACCGUGGACGGCCACCUAGUCUCCAAGAUUGGUCAAGGAAUACUCGUCCUGGCCGGCGUAGGAAGGGAGGACACAGAGAAGGAUGCCGACUCAAUGAUCGGACGGAUAUUGAAGGCGAAGCUAUGGCCCGACGAGAACGACAAGGCUUGGAAGAAGAAUGUCCAGGAUAUAGAAGGGGAGGUACUCUGCGUAUCCCAAUUUACACUCUAUGGCCAUUUGAAAAAAGGCAACAAACCCGACUUCCAUGAAGCCGCCGAUGUGGAGACCGCGCGCAAACUGUAUGACUACUUUUAUCAACGGUUGUGCGAAUCGUACAAGCCCGAAAGGGUGAAGAACGGGGUCUUCCAGGCGAUGAUGGAGGUCGAAUUGAAAAAUGAUGGGCCGGUGGGUGUAGAUUACCGCAGUGAGGAUGCGGUGGUCACGAUCGAGAUCAACACCCAAUUGCCGAAAAAGGAGAAGAAGGAGCAGCCAGGACAAGGCCAGGCGAAGGAGCCGCAGACCUUUGAGUUCAAAUUACCCGCGGAGUUGAUGGAGUAAAUGAAUACCUGGUUGCCCUGUGAUUAUGUUGACGACUUCUACCAAAUUGUAUAUAUGAGAUACCAAUAGAUGCGGCGGAUAGAAUGAAGUGCC